UAGUUUUCUCUACUGACUGGCGAUAUGGUAGCUACAUUUUUAGUCGAACGUGACGCACAUUUGGAAGUUCGCGGCGCUUGUGACGCAAUUACAUCUUUACCGCGUGGCCGACGUGAAACAGGGGACUGCCGGGCACUUUAUUUUGUCAUAUAAGUUCGAUAAGUUCCAAUAAGUAGAAGAGGAAAGCCAGGCUGCCUGAAUCAAGAUGGACUACGGCUACGGGUACGGCUAUGAGAGUCACACAGGCGACCCGCGGCUGGACAUGGAGUACGAGCGGCAGUACGGACAGUACUCCCAGCACAGUAUGGUGCCCGACCCGGUGCGGCGCUUUGUCAUCCACCUGCGAAACAUGAUCCGCGACAAGAACGUCGGAGAGAUCCAGCAGCUCUACGAGCACGAGUUUCCGCGGCUGACGCAGGAGUUUUUCGAGAAGCAGCCAUGGCCGGAGGCGGAGGAGAUCCAGCCGUACGUCUCAGACGACGACGACGAGGCCGGAUCCAUGAUGUUUCUGAUUUUGUACAAGGAGCUCUACUUCAGACAUCUGUACGCGUUGUCGGCCUCCAACAUCAAGCUGGAGAACCGGUUCCACUCGUUCUUCAACUACUGCAGUCUCUUCAACCUGAUCCUGAUGUCGGAGACACCCAUCAGUCUGGAGCUGCCCAAUCAGUGGCUCUGGGACAUCAUCGACGAGUUCAUUUACCAGUUCCAGGCGUUCACCCAGUACCGCAACAAGCCGGACAAGUCGCCGUCCGACCUGGAGCAGCUGAAGGAGCACACGGUGUGGAACGUACUCGGAGUCCUGAACGUGCUGCACUCGCUGGUGGAGAAGAGCAACAUCAACCAGCAGCUGGAGGUGUACACGAGUGGCGGGAACCCAGACUCUGCUGCGGGCGAGUUCGGCCGCCACCCGCUCUACAAGAUGCUGGGCUACUUCAGCCUGAUCGGCCUGCUGCGGCUGCACUCGCUGCUCGGCGACUACUACCAGGCCAUCAAGGUGUUGGAGAACAUCGAACUCAACAAAAAGGCGCUGUACUCGCGGGUGCCCGCCUGCCAGAUCACCACCUACUACUACGUGGGCUUCGCCUACCUGAUGAUGCGCCGGUACGCGGACGCGAUCCGCACCUUUUCCAACAUCCUGCUGUACAUCCAGCGGACCAAGCAGCAGCUGCAGGGCCGCGGCUACCAGUCGGAGCACAUGAGUAAACAGACGGACAAGAUGUACACCUUGCUGGCCAUGUGUUUGGUGCUGCACCCGCAGUCGAUCGACGAGUCGGUGCAGUCGGUGCUCAGCGAAAAGUACCAGGAGCGCAUGCUCAAGAUGUCCCGCGGCGACCGCAAGGAGUUUGUGGACAGUUUUCGGCACGCGUCGCCCAAGUUCCUGUCACCGGUGCCCCCGGUUCAGGACGGACCGAUCAUGGGCGUCUCGCCGCUGGAGCCGCAGCGGCAGCAGCUCAACGUCUUCAUGGACGAGGUGGAUCAGCAGGUGUUUCUGGACGCCGUCUCGCGCCACGGAGCGGUGCCCUCCGAGGAUCAGCUGACCGGCCAGGACCCGCCCGUCUUCCUGGACGUCAGCAUCCCCAUCAUGCGCAG